AUGUAAAUCCUCCAAAAUGAUGUAUUCAAGAUGAAAUAGAUAAUUGUAAAGGCCAAUAGCUUAUUCCCGUCUAAGUAAACAUAACAAAACAAAGAUAUUAACUCAAAAACUGUGCUUAUAUUCCUCUACCAAGAAGAUCUCAUUGAAAGAUAGUCGUAUCUCACAAAUCUAUCAUCAUACUCAUGUACAGAUUGA